AUGGGAGUAUCAACAAGAGAGAAAGGAGUUUUGAAACUGGUUCAUCCGGGUAGACAUGUGGAGACUCAUAAGGAACCUAUUACUGCAUCUGAGAUCAUGAAGAAGUAUCCCAGGCACUGUAUUACAAGGCCUGAUGUUUUCAAGUAUCCUUACAUUGUGGUUCGGCCGGAAUCUGUUUUAUUUCCCGGGAAAGUUUUCUAUCUUCUUCCCGUUCGCACACUUUAUAAUCUAUUGAAGGCCAGAGAACAGGGUAACCAAUCUUUCCACCAAGAACAACAGCUUCCACAGAAGCAUGAUCGUCGUGGUCAGGCUAGACAACAAUCAGCGAUCAAAUGCUGGGGAGGAAUGAUUCCUAAGCAUCAAGGACAUGAUAGAGGUUAUAGGAGGAGAUUGAAGAACAUUCUUGGUGACAGGAGCAGUAGUUCCGUUCAAGACUCUGAAGACUACAACAGUGACACAUCCUACAUGGAUGCGUGGACUGGAAUUGGACUCAAGGACAGAAAAGUGCACAACAAAGCCUAUCCAUCUGAUUCAUCCUUUAACAGUUCCAUAUCUUUUUGUUCUAAAGGGUAUCAAAGUAAUCCAAAGAGUAAAACUUCAAACGUGUCCAAGAUCAGGAAAGGAGACAGUUUCAGUUCAUCACUUGCUAUUGUUCGGAUAGAUGAUGUGCCAAAGAGAAGUUCUAGAGAUCAAGGGAAACUAAAAUCUUGCCUCAGGAAGAAGGAUGGCGCUCGGAAGUUUCUCAAUCUUACAGUGAGAUUUGCCUCGCCAAUUGUCGCCCCAAGAACUGCACAAAGGCCUUCUAACUAUUGA